AUGGCUUGUGCAAGGUCAGCUAGGUUGACAGGGACCGAGCACUUUUCAACCCGUGCCCUGUGCACCUGGCCGCCGCGCGACUGGCCCUGGGCUGGUGGGGGGAACAGGUGUGGCGUGGUGAAGAGUCCCACGACGCGGGACAGACACAGCAGCGGGAGAAGCCCCGGAGUACUGCCGGGGAUUCCUUCUGGCCCCUCUCCAGCGUGGUUUCAAAAGUUAUGGGACUACAGAGGCAGCAGCCAUCCCAGGUCUGAGCUUCACCCGGAGGCCAAGAGGCGCAGAGCAGCGGGAUGCGGUGGAGGGGCAGGUUUUUUUUUUUUUUUUUUUUUUUUUCCACAUCGUCUCCAGGCUAGCGUCAACAAAGAACUGAAAGCAAAACCUUCUUCCGGCCAGCCUUGUGGCCUGUGCUCCGCUAGAUUUGGGCCCUGCAGGCAGCGGAAGGCGCGUCUCUUCUCCGCCAUGGCAUCAGUUUUGAAAGGCAAGGACUCCAAAGCUUCUGAAAGAAUGGUUGAAGUUGCUGGUCAUCCGGUUGGCCUUUUUAAUGAUCAAUUACUGACCACAGUAGUGAAGACUCACUUUCAAGAUAUUAAGAAUAAAGGCAGAGUUGUUGAACAUGUGAUAUAUCCAACAAGAACCAGGGGCAGGGGAGUUGCAAAUGUGACAUUCAAAGAGAAAAAAGGUGCAAAGAAUGUCAGCAGAAAACAGAAACACUGUCAGGCAGAAAAGGUUGGACCUGCUCAAUUCACAGUCUCUCAUUUUGGUGAAAAGGUCUUCAGCUCUGUAAAAGCUAUCCUCGAUCUUUCUGUUUUUCAGAGUCAAGUCAUUCUAGAAAGUCUGGUAAUGGACCUGACAAGGAAAAUCCCAACUUUAUCCUUCAGUCCUCUGGAACCCAAUGGAAGAGUCUCUGUGCAAGGGUCAUUUCUGGAUAUCCUGAGGCUUAAAGAAAUUUUGCUAUUAAAAGCAAGUUCUCUUUUAGAAAAAAAUAGGAAUUUUAUCAGUGAGGAGAAGUGGAACAGCCAGGGCCCCAAAAGGGAUCUCCAGAGAGGCAGUAACUCCUCAGAGUCACCCGGGUCCUCAGUACCUGAGACCACUAGGAGUGGAGAAACACUUGUUCUUGAUACAGAUGUAUUCCUUUAUCUGAAAAAGAGCAGAUUUUAUGAAAGCACAUUGAAAAAAUGUCAUGUUUUCUGUCAGGAGAGAGUGGAUGGUGAAAUCGCCACAAUCUGUAUAAGAAAUGCUCAACAAUGUUCUCACCCAAACAAUGCAAAGCUUGUGAAAGCACUUAUUGAGGAAUAUUCACUUGCUCUUCACUUUGAGCUUAAAAAAGAGACACUUCUUUUGAAAGGAAAGGAGAAUAGAGAUAAAAGAAGGAUUAAGUCGGCCUGUGAACAAGUAAGUUUGAGGUACCCUAAGGUUCUGAUUAAUUUUUACGAGACGCACAUUGAUAUUAUAGGAUCUUCUUCUGACACAUACUUGCUUAAAAAAGAGAUCAUGAAAUUAAUAAGGCUAAAAAGUUAGGUAAUAAAAUCUCAGCAAUAGUGAUAGUGGCAGUCACUCUCCCUUACUGAGCAGAGGCGAUGCUGUGUAUGAUGCUAGCUUUACACACAUUAGUCAUUUAAUCCUUACAACCAUCCUUCAUUGUAGGCAUUGCUAUCCUCGUGUUCUAGGGGAAGAACCUAGGAUUUGGAGAAGUUAAAACAUUUGUCCGGAGUUAUCGAGCAGGCAAAGAAUGGGGUUAAACUUGGCCUAUCUGACUACAAAGAUAAUAUCUAAGUCUUAAAACUUUGAAAAAAAAAACUCAUUAAACUUUGAAGAAAUCUCACUUUCCCUGCAACCCCAAAUUCUUAGAAUGUAUCUUGCUCAUCUCAAAGUAAACAAAUGUGAUUGUGAUGAUGUGAACUGUUUAGAUCAAAAGAAAAUCACAAGACAAAUCUCUCUCUAUGUUUUCAUUUUUCUUAGCCAUCUAAAUCCCAAGUAUUUCCAUCUUUUAUUUAAAAAAAUCGUUUUUAAGUUUAUUUAUUUUGACUCUACACUGUCAGAACCUGCUUGGGACCCAGUGUGGGACUCAAACUUAUAAACCUUGAGAUCAUGGCCUGAGAUGAAAUCAAGAGUCGGAGGCUUAACUGACUGAACCACCCAGGCACCCUGUAUUUACAUAUUUUAAGAUACAAUAUUUCAUUGUUGUUUUUGUCAGUGAGAAAUUGCUCUUUACAUCAAGUGCCCAAUAAGAUGUCUUUAAAUUUAAAAAGUGCUUCAUUUUUAUUUUGCUCCUAGAAGUUUGUCUCAGUCUGGGUUCAGUCAGGAGAGAGAAGGCACACAGUAAUAUGAAAAGGGAAAGUUUAAUAUAAAAAAUUGUUAAUUAUAAUAGGGGAUUGGAAUAAUGAGGAAUUGGCUAGGAAGAAAUAAAGAGAACUCUAAAAAACAUAGGAAUAGCAGAUUUAAGAAGAGUUUAGGUAGAACACCAUGGAAGAGUCCCCCUCACCCCCAUCCCAGGACUGAGACCUUGCUGGAGGGUUUGUGCCAGGGGAUCUUGCUGGAAAUCCAUCCUCUAGGUUGCUGGAGGAAUCUGUUCAGAGGAAGUGUCUCACCAGAGACAUUCCAUUACAAAAUGCGUUAGAGUAGCUGGGGUAACCUGCUAGUCACUGGAUGCUAAUGGCCACCAUGCACUUAUAGGGCCUGGGGAGGCCUUGUGUGCUGGUGGCUGGACACCGGAGCAACUGUCCAUGCUGCAUGAACCUGAUGUUGGAGAAGCUGCCCGUGCCGCAGACGUUGGGUAUUGGGGGAAGUUUCUUCUGCAGAAAAACCGGAUCCCUAAUAGCCUGCCAGCUGAACAAGUUGGAGUAGGAACAAGGCUUUUGUCCUGCAGUGUCUCUCCAGCGCCCUCUACUGAGAAAACAACAUCCUAUCAGCUACAGAGGAAAAAUACUUAAGGGUCCCAGAUCCAUCUUCACAGAGAAGGCACAUAGGAUGAAUUGAAAGCAGAGUCAAUAAGUUGAUAACUGGCAGAGUUUAAUGAGAUACCUACUGAAGCUUUCAUUACUAUGACAAAUUUAAAAUCAAUAGAAUAGUCUUUUUUUUUAAGGAAAUAGAAGUUUAUUGAAUCCACCGCAAGGGUGCGCAAGGGAGCCGCAGGCAGGACAGCAGAGGAGAGGCUGUGUGCCUAAUACCAAUAGUCUUUAAACAAAGAACUGGGUUACAAAAAUGAUGCUCAUUCCAUAUUCUGAUAGACUUUGAUUGACAAGUAUGGAUAUGGCAUCUUCUGCUUGAGGAGAUUAUGUAUUUCAGACGUUUUUUACAUAUUGCUGUGUAUUUUAGAGUUAGUUUAACAGCACUUUCCUUAUAAUAUGCUACUUUGUGUAACCAAUUUCUAUCUUUAAUAAAAACUGACAUUUUUUCCCAAA